CGACUUCUGAACAGCGGAACGUCGCAGAUCCCCCAACUCAACGCAUUCGAACCACGCUUGAUUUGCAAUUUAGCCAAGGUACACGUUCCGCACAAUGCGUCUCAUCGACACAAGCACGCUCGAAUUCUCCGAGUUUUUGGGGCCAACGACUCCGCGGUACGCCAUCCUCUCGCACACUUGGGGGGCCGACGAGGUUUCGCUACAAGACAUGGAGCUGGGCCUGCCCUCCCUCGCAUCCAAGGAAGGCUAUCGAAAGGUCGUCGACUACUGCCGUCUGGCUGCCCAGCAAGGCUAUGGGUGGGCCUGGGUCGACACCUGCUGCAUCGACAAGACGAACCACGCCGAGCUCGCUGAGAGCAUCAACUCUAUGUUUCGCUGGUAUCAAGAGGCCGCCGUCUGCCACGUAUUUCUUUCUGACCUGGGCCCCCAGGCCGCGCUUGGGACCGCUCUGCCCCCCUGCCGCUGGUUUACGCGAGGUUGGACGCUGCAGGAGCUAAUUGCGCCUGCCACCGUGGAGUUCUAUGACGGAAACUGGGUCAUGAGGGGUACGAAAGCGAGUCUCAUCACGCAACUCGAGUCCAUAACCGGCAUCUUAGCAUCCGUUUUAGCGGGGAGUUCGCGCCUCGCCAACGUCAGCGUCGGAGUCAGGAUGUCCUGGGCUGCGAAUCGUGAAACAACUCGGCCGGAAGAUAUGGCCUACUCGCUUCUCGGCAUCUUCGACGUGAACAUGCCCAUGAUUUACGGAGAAGGCGAGAAAGCGUUUCGGCGACUGCAAGAAGAGAUCAUUCGCCAGAGUAACGACCUUACAAUAUUCGCCUGGCAAGAUGAUUCCAGCUUCUAUCGUAAGCUCGCCCGGUCGACGUAUCGACAAGCGGUUGUGGCCCGGAGUGCCCCUCUGCUGGCACUGUCCCCUCGCGACUUUGGCCUACACUCCGCCUGGGGCUCCCGUGGCUCAUUGCGGAGACUCGGGUUCGAGAACGGAUCGAAGUGGUCAGAUAUCAACCCAGAAUACGCCAUCACCAACAAAGGGCUGAGAAUUACAACCUCCUUGGUACUACACGACCUAGUCGACGAACCCGCUCACUGGGUUACUAAAGGUCGUUCGUAUUUCCUUGCGCUGGGCGAACUCAGACGCCACCCUGAGGAUCCUCAUGGGAACAUUGUCGGGCUCCUGCUGGACAAGCUCGGACCUGACGUAUUUUCACGGCGGGAGGCUGACCUCUGCGAGAUUCCUGAGACAGCGUUCCCAAUGCUGACACAGUCAAUGACCAUUUACAUCGUGAUGAGCGAAAACAGCUUCUACGCCAACAGGGAAGCUGCUUCACGGCAGGGGACCUUCAGAGUGCGCGAUGGACGGGUCCCAAUCCGAUCUCAGGAUACGGAAUGGCGGGGGGACCAAGGGAGCGCGCAGACACCUCAUGUCUCUGUUCGGGUCUUGAGAGCGAUCCCACAGAGGUACUGGGACCACACCAACCAGCGUUUCUUUUGCACACCCGGGAAUGCCACCGUCCUUGCCUUCAGCGUUGGUGUUUCGCUCGACCAAUACGAAGUGGUAGUUGUGUGCUUGGUCGAUCUUCAGCGGCCACGUGGUCAACUUUCAUGGCCGGUACUGUUCCUGUACGGUCCUGGGGAAGCCCCAGACUUGAUGUCGUGGUUUAUGAGCAGAAAGGCAGCCGGAGAGAGUACAUUCUGGGAGGACCUGCCCGUCCAUUGGUUGCAAUGGCCGCGCUCGCGACAUUCUUUGAAGAUCUCGGUCAACGGCGUCUCAUAUUCGGUCUCGGCCCAGGUCAACGCGGAGCGUGAGAGAGAACUUAGGGCCGGUUUUCCGAGAUGGAUUAUAUCCUUCGAUGUCAUGCGGCACAGUGCAGCGGAUACUUGCGCUGAUGGCGGACUCAUCAAAAGCGAAUGAAGCAAACCCGACAUAUCACUGUCUGUUACACCUACAGAUCGGCAAUCGAAAUGUCGAAACUCGAUUCCACACUACCUUAGUAGCUUGUGGUGGACUAAGCCGCCUGACAUAAUUGACUAUGGACGCUGUUACUUUGCCAUGAAGGCCCCGGGGCAGCCUGGCUUCCGAGUCUGAGAGUGCGCUUAUGGGGUGGACAUCAUUCUUUUUCAGGGGCACCUUGGCUCGUCUACUACCUGGUACUUAAUUCUUCGGUCAGAUCCGUCACCAGGCCGAAGCGCACACCCUGGCGGCCUGUAAAAUGUCAUCACUGAAGGGAAAGGAUUUGGAAGGACAUUGGUUACCAACCUAGGCGCCCGAUUCUACCAGUCCUCGAACGCAUAACUGACCCCUAACCGAACCCUCAAACCAACGACAAUCCAUGCCGAACCUCGGGUAAGUUGUUGUGCACCAGACUCCAUGCAAUGCUUAAACC